AUGUCUAAGAGAAGGAUGUAUAAGGUCAACAAAGACAGAGAGUCGCCAUUUGGGCCUUUCCCUCCCCGGCCUUCUCAUGUCUUCCAUCCAAAUCAUCCCAUGAUGGAUAAAAGUGUCGGAGAUACAUUCUCGAACAACAGCAGAAGUGGAAAUUAUGCUCCGGUUGGCUCAAUCUGCAAGGCUCUCCACGUCUGCCAGAUGAAACCCGAUUAUAAUGGCAUUACGUUUUGGACUAAGGAUUCUGUCGCCGAGACUGCAGAACCAGUAACGGAUCCCGAGUUCAGCCAAUAUGCAGUCAUCGUUCGGGUGGUGAAAUACUGCAGUGGAUACGAGAGGCUAGAAAUAGACUCGAUAGUUGUGCAGAGUGCUCACCUCAAAAGGGUCCUGGCCGAGGUCAUGUAUGGCUACCGUGGCAUUACCAUGUCACUCGAGAAGGUUGAAUUUCAAAAGCCCUUCGGACCGUUUAUUCAUCGAUGGGACCUUUUCACCGGAGCUAGAGACAACGAGCCCAAUGCAGAAGUCAAGGCCCACCUGGACUUAUUGUACGAUGUCAUGGCAAGCGAACUUGACGAUGUCAUUAAGCGCAAGAACAGCCUUGUUCCCAACGGCAUGAUUACGUUCGACCUGCUUUGGACUAUCUUUGAGCCAGGCAACGCAGCUUACAGUAUCGUGAACGGACACAAGCGCGCCUUUCGGCAUGAAAAGAGCUUCAUCGGUCCAGAUUCCAAAGACUACGAGAUCCAGACUGUUUAUAUAGACUACAAUGGUUACGGAUUUGGUGAUCCCCUUGAUCUGCAUGACGACAUGGACACCCUGCUCGAAACCCUGACUCUGCGUGGAAAACUUUGGUAUCUGCACAAAGGCUAUCACUACAAACAAUAUGAAGGAUUGGCCUUGGCAACUUACAUGGGCCGAGAGGAUAGUUACAACGUAACCAGCCGGGUUAUCAUUGACACUGAGGCAUACCUCGCUUUCCACUCAGAUAAUUGCUUGGAGGACCUGAACGAUAUAUCCAGUUCACUAGAUGAUGCACAAUUCCUGUUUGCAACUCCAAUUCUGCGCGGCUAUUCCCUCGAAGACAGAAUGUGGUUGGAGCUUUUUAUUGACGGGGUGUCUGAUAUUAGCUGGAACCCGCGACCUUUCAAGUCUCUGGUACUGCCUAGCGGCGAAGAAGAGAACGUGAAGAAGCUAGUUCUCGCAUUGGCGAGUUCUCAGUCGAAUAAAGUCGGUGCCAAUACUGAUGGACUUCAAGGCAAAUGCCGCAGUGUUAUCAUGCUCCUACAAGGCCCUCCUGGGGUUGGUAAGACCCUGACUGCCGAAUGCGUCGCCGAAGUAUUGAAGGUGCCGCUUUACGUCCUGAGUGCGCGGGCGCUUGGAAAUACUACUGCGCUUGUUGAAGAGAGCCUGAAAUCAACCCUUCCUAUGAUUGCCAAAUGGGGUGCUCUGCUAUUUCUAGAGGAUGCUGAUUUCUUCAUACAAGAACCCAACCCUAGCGACCUCCGAGCAAACGAGCUAUCGUAUGUAUACUUAACACUACUGGAACACUAUCAGGGGAUUUUAUUCUUGGCUAGUGACUGCGUCGAGACUAUAGUCUCUGCCUUUGAGAAUCGUAUCGAUGCUACCAUCCGCUAUCCCGAUCUUGAUACGGACUCCCGCCGCCAUAUCUGGAAACAUUUACUUGGAAAGACGGACAAAAAGGCCUUCUCCAAAAGUGAUCUUGAUAAACUGGAAGAUCGCGAAUUGAACGGAAGACAAAUCAAAAAAGUGCUCAAAACGGCCAGGACUCUCGCCCGCUAUCAGGGGGCUAAGCUGAAGUUUGAACAUGUCCAAACUGUCCUGGAUCUUGCGGCUGAUUGGUUUAUUUACUGAGCCUUGGAGGGCUGUACAUCAGUGGCUAGUUGACCUUCUUUGUAUCUACAGUAAUUCCUCGAUGUGAGUCUUGGUAGCUAGCCCGAAGAUUAAUGUAC